AACCAUGGGCUCGGGGCGCGUGCCCGGGCUCUGCCUGCUCGUCCUGCUGGUCCACGCUCGCGCCGCCCAGCACAGCAAAGCCGCGCAAGAUGUGGACGAGUGUGUGGAGGGGACUGACAGCUGCCACAUCGAUGCCAUCUGCCAGAACACCCCGCGCUCAUACAAAUGCAUCUGCAAGUCUGGCUACACGGGGGAUGGUAAACACUGCAAAGACGUGGAUGAGUGUGAGCGAGAGGAUAAUGCAGGCUGUGUGCACGACUGUGUCAACAUCCCUGGCAAUUACCGGUGUACCUGCUAUGACGGAUUCCACCUGGCACAUGACGGACACAACUGUCUGGAUGUGGAUGAGUGUGCCGAGGGCAAUGGGGGCUGUCAGCAGAGCUGUGUCAACAUGAUGGGAAGCUAUGAGUGCCACUGCCGGGAAGGCUUCUUCCUCAGCGACAACCAGCACACCUGCAUCCAGCGGCCAGAAGAAGGAAUGAAUUGCAUGAACAAGAACCACGGCUGUGCUCACAUUUGCCGGGAGACGCCCAAAGGGGGGAUUGCUUGUGAAUGCCGCCCUGGCUUUGAGCUCACCAAGAACCAACGGGACUGUAAAUUGACGUGCAACUAUGGCAACGGCGGCUGCCAGCACACCUGUGACGACACAGAGCAGGGGCCCCGGUGCGGCUGCCACGUCAAGUUUGUGCUCCACACCGACGGAAAGACGUGCAUCGAGACCUGUGCUGUCAACAACGGGGGCUGUGACAGUAAGUGCCACGAUGCAGCGACCGGCGUCCACUGCAGCUGCCCUGUGGGCUUCAUGCUCCAGCCCGACAGGAAGACCUGCAAAGAUAUAGACGAAUGUCGCUUGAACAAUGGGGGCUGUGACCAUAUUUGCCGAAACACAGUGGGCAGCUUCGAAUGCAGCUGCAAGAAGGGCUAUAAGCUUCUCAUCAAUGAGAGGAACUGCCAGGAUAUAGAUGAGUGUUCCUUUGAUCGAACCUGUGACCACAUAUGUGUCAACACGCCAGGAAGCUUCCAGUGCCUUUGCCAUCAUGGCUACCUGCUGUAUGGUGUCACCCACUGUGGGGACGUGGAUGAGUGCAGCAUCAACCGUGGUGGCUGCCGUUUUGGCUGCAUCAACACUCCGGGCAGCUACCAGUGUACGUGCCCAGCAGGCCAGGGCCGGCUGCACUGGAACGGCAAGGAUUGCACAGAGCCCAUGAAGUGCCAGAGCAGUCCUGGUGCCUCAAAAGCUAUGCUCAGCUGCAAUCGGUCUGGCAAGAAGGACACCUGUGCCCUGAACUGCCCGUCCCGAGCCCGCUUCCUGCCAGAGUCUGAGAAUGGCUUCACGGUGAGCUGUGGCACUCCCAGCCCCAAGGCCUCUCCAGCCAGAGCUGGCCAUAGCGGAAACAGCACGAACUCCAACCACUGCCAUGAGGCUGCAGUGCUGCCGGUUAAACAGCGGGCCUCGUUCAAGAUCAAGGAUGCCAAGUGCCGUUUACACCUGAGAAACAAAGGCAAAAUGGAGGAAGCCAGCAGAAUCCUGGGGCCAGGUGGUGCCCCCUGCUCUGACUGCCAGGUCACCUUCAUCCACCUCAAGUGUGACUCCUCUCGGAAGGGCAAGGGCCGGAGGGCCCGGACCCCUCCAGGCAAGGAAGUCACUCGGCUCACGUUGGAACUGGAGGCAGAGGUCAGAGCGGAAGAAACCACAGCGGGCUGUGGACUGACCUGCCUUCGUCAGCGGAUGGAAAGGCGGCUGAAAGGGUCCCUGAAGAUGCUCAGAAAAUCCAUCAACCAGGACCGCUUCCUGCUGCGCCUGGCAGGCCUUGAUUACGAGCUGGCUCACAAGCCAGGCCUGGUAGCUGGGGAGCGACCCGAGCUGGUGGAGGCCUGCAGGCCCGGACAGCACCGAUCUGGGGUCAAGUGUGUCAGCUGCCCGCAGGGAACGUAUUACCACGGCCAGACGGAGCAGUGUGUGCCAUGCCCAGCGGGCACCUUCCAGGAGAGAGAAGGGCAGCUCUCCUGCGACCCUUGCCCUGGGAGUGAUGCCCACGGGCCUCUUGGAGCCACCAACGUCACCACGUGUGCAGGUCAGUGCUCACCUGGCCAAUACUCAAUAGAUGGCUUCAAGCCCUGCCAGCCCUGCCCACGCGGCACCUACCAACCUGAAGCAGGGCGGACCCUGUGCUUCCCGUGCGGUGGAGGCCUCACCACCAAGCACGAAGGGGCUGUGUCCUUCCAAGACUGUGACACCAAAGUCCAGUGCUCUCCUGGGCACUACUACAACACCAGCAUUCAUCGCUGUAUCCGCUGCGCCAUGGGCUCCUAUCAGCCCGACUUCCGUCAGAACUUCUGCACCCGCUGUCCAGGAAACACCAGCACUGACUUCGACGGAUCCACCAGUGUGGCCCAGUGCAAGAAUCGCCAGUGUGGUGGGGAGCUGGGUGAGUUCACUGGCUAUAUCGAGUCCCCCAACUACCCAGGCAACUACCCAGCCGGUGUGGAGUGCGUCUGGAACAUCAACCCCCCACCCAAGCGCAAGAUCCUUAUCGUGGUACCCGAGAUCUUCCUGCCAUCAGAGGACGAGUGUGGGGAUGUCCUCGUCAUGAGAAAGAACUCCUCCCCAUCCUCCAUUACCACCUAUGAGACCUGCCAGACCUACGAGCGCCCAAUCGCCUUCACGGCUCGUUCCAGGAAGCUCUGGAUCAAUUUCAAGACAAGUGAGGCCAACAGUGCCCGUGGCUUCCAGAUCCCCUAUGUUACCUAUGAUGAGGACUACGAGCAGCUGGUAGAAGACAUUGUGCGGGAUGGCCGGCUCUACGCAUCUGAAAACCACCAGGAGAUUUUAAAGGACAAGAAGCUUAUCAAGGCCUUCUUUGAGGUGCUGGCCCACCCCCAGAACUACUUCAAGUACACAGAGAAGCACAAGGAGAUGCUGCCGAAAUCCUUCAUCAAGCUGCUCCGUUCUAAAGUUUCCAGCUUCUUGAGGCCCUAUAAAUAGUGCCCCUAUAACCAAGACCCUGGACUCCUUAGCCCUCAGAGCCAGCAGCCCCCACCCUCGGAUAAGGAACCCUCUCUUCUCUUUUCAGAGAAAAAAAAAUCACUAUAUAGACCAGGUACUCUUCCUUUCUGUCUCUCAGCUUCCUUCCCUGUCUGUCUCUGCCUUGCUUCCUGCCCCCACCCCCACUUUAGUGUUUUUCCUUUUCUUACAUGCUCCCUGGAAAAGCCAUUCAGUGCUGGCUCUCUUCCACCGAAGGGGUGAAGAAACACCCCUCCCCAACCACACUGCCCAUUUUACUAGCUCACAUCUCAGGCGCCGUCAGCUUGGAAGGCCCCAAAGCAAUUAAGUCUACUGGAGAAUGGGGAGUGGGGAGCAGGGCUGCUGCCAUUAUAGGGUGUGCCUUGCUAGUCAGGAGGCAAACUGUUGUCCCUGGCUGUGCCCCCCCAGGGUGAUUCUAACAGCCCAGAGUUCUGCCAAAGGAGCCUUUGAUUUACAGGCUUCUGUAAAUACAGGACUGCUGGUCCUCUGGGCACAGGGACAGAGCCCUGGAGCCCGCACAGCCAGCUUCCGCAUCUGUACAGCUCCUCUCUUUCCCCUACACAUCUGCCCAUGAAGGCUUACAGAGGGCCCCCACACGGGGCUAGCGGACACCGGGCUGAAUGAGGAAGAGCAGUAGGCUUUACCACGGCGAAAGCACCACGGUGGCUCCCCAAGAGAAAGACUGCAGGACAGAAACCAGGUUUUAAAGCAUCGACAAAAAAGGAAAACAGAAGAAAGAAAAUGUAUCAUCUGAAGGACUAUCGUACAGAAUAAUUGGAAGCCAACCUCAAACACUAGUCCCAUUUCUUGUCUUCCCGGGCCCAGCCACCCCCUCACUCCCACCUGAGUGCUCCCUGGGGGAGCCCCACUCCCCGAGCUAAGAGUGUUGUCCUUAAAGAAACAUCGCUGCCAACCAGAAGCCAGUCUGGGCCUCACCCCAGAGUGGAAAGGCAUUUCCCUUGUAGCCCCAGAUGGCCUGUGGGCUCCACCAAAGAGGACCCACUCUGCAGCCAGCCUGGAGCCGACUACCUCUGGCCUCGGGCUCUGGGCAGCAAGAGGAAUGUGUGUGCACUUGGCAAGCCUCUGCCUUCCCUGUCCACAUCUAAUAAGUGCAAUCAUUUUGAGUCUUUCUAUGUUGUCUAGAGGGAGGGGUUUUGUUUUUUGUUUUUGUUUCUUUUUCCUAUAUUAGACCAACCCUAUUUAUAGCUGCCCAAGAGAGAAGAGUGUAUGUUUGUAGUGGAAGAAAAAAGGUUUUGAAUCUCAUGAACCCUGAGUGCUGGAGCAUCUAAUCUAUUUCUAUUCCUCCACCAGUACUCAGCCAGCCCUCUAGAGCCUGAGGUAACCCAGGGCUAAGGCUCAAAGGCACCUGGUGUGUAGGACGGUAAUUCUAGGACUUGAUGGAGCAGGACGGAGAGGCACCUGCGUUUGCUAAACCAAUUCUGCCAUCCCUGUGCCUCUCUGCGGAUUCAGCGUGGACCUUGUGAUUGCUGAGGCCAGUGGAACCGGCCAGUGAUUCUCCACCCCAAGUAGGGAAAAUUUCCAUCUCUCCCUGCCUUCAUCCUGGUUUUCCUGGUAUGUACACAGAAGACAACCAAGACAAACCUCCUGGCAACGGCUGAUUCAGGGCCCAGAGGUCAGAGACAACGCAGUGGGAGCCAAGAAUAGGACUGCUAGUCAGACGUGAAGUUGUUUGCCUGACCCUGUCCACUCUGCCUAUUCCUACCUGUCUGCCACUCCUGAGGAGUUGACUUUAAGCCUAGCUCCUCAACUACUGCUUUUCCAAGGAAGAAGAAGACUCAAGUCCAGGCCCAAGCCCAGAUCCUACACAUAGGCCAGCAUCAGUCCAACUGCUGCCUUUAAAAUUUUCUUUUGCUCCUAGUUUCUCUAAAACUGUGGCCCUAUUCGAUCAAAGGUGACCAAUUGACUCCUGGGGUUCACUUCUAAAUGACUUUGACUGGCUGCUGCUUCCCCAGGAGACAACACUGUUUAAAGGAGCCUGACCCCCCCCCCUUCUUCCUGUCCCUGCUCCUAUAAUCAGGAGCAUUCACCAACUAAAACGGCCUCAGGAGAUAGGUAGCCCCGUCACAGCUAGAUCCCCUAACCUCCAACAGCUCACACCUUGGCCCUUAGGCUUGCAAGCAGAGAAAUGGUCAUUUAAUAAGUGUCCACAAUUCCCAUUGAAAACUGCUUUAAUCCAUUCUGACCACCCUUAUGCACCACAAGGAGCGAGAAUAACUGACUCCCCUCCCCCUAUAUUUUGUAUCUUUCUUGGAAAGUCAGUCAGAGUGCUUCCCAAAUUAUGCCUUCGGAUUCUGGUCUUGCUCGCUUCCCUUUCCUGUCACCCCAUAGGUACACACAAACACUUCCUCCAACCAUUUAUUCCAUGGUACCUGAGACCUGCAAAUGAUUUCCACAGUAUGGAAAGUAUAGACCACUAGGCUUCUUAACUGAUGUCAAGAAAAUCUUUGUGAGCAGGUGAAGACCCGCUAAUGUCCACCAAGUUUAAUUUCAUCCAAGUUGGGGGUUAAAAAAUUAGGCAAAGCUGCUGCUGAACCUCUGGAGGAAACCAGCCCUGGGGCACCAAAUCAGGGCUAAAAUGGACCAGAUGAGGAGUCAACACUCAGGGACUCUAGGCCUUUACAGGUCAAAGAGAAAAACCAGCCCAGAGGCCUCUGCAGGGCGGGGUGCUUGUAAGGCCACAAUACUGUGAGGCCUCAUUUAUCUUAGUUCAAAACCCACCCUGAUCAGCAUCUGGGAAAGGGCUCUGAGCCUAAGUGAUGCAUAUCAGAAAGGCCUGUAUCCUCAGCAACGUGGCCAUCCCUCCUCUCCUUCUGUAUUAUUAGGCCAGACCCAUCCUAUCAACCUGAGAGAAUUCUGAGCUGGGAAAAACUAACCAGAGCCUGAACUUGAGCUGCCCUGCUCCAGCCUACAAAUCUUCGAAGGCUGAUACUGAGCUGUGACAGCUCUCUGACUUUCCCAGGAUUUGGUUAACGUGAGGUCGUAGAGGCUUAGAUUUCUUGCUGAAAGCUCAGUAACACAGCCUGGUCUUUGGCCCCAGUGAAACGUUUAUAUUUGCGAAGUGUUCUCCAUGACAUAUGUUUGAGGUGACUUUGGAGUGGAUUAGAAGGUCAGAGCGAAAAAUGAAAGAAGAUGUUACAGAGCAUUCAAACUUUUGUAUUUGCUGCUUUACCUCAAUAUAAUAGGCGCAAGCGAGGGGAAAACUCUGACCAUGAGCAGAACAUGUUAACUGCUUGGUUGCUUUAAGCACAGGAAGAGAAAAGUGGAAGCGAGGAUCUCUUUAAAUUUGACUUGUCUCUAAGGUAGCACACCCUGUGCUUGGGUCAUUAUUUGGAAUAGGAACCCUUUAAGAAAAGAUAAGAUUAGAGGGACUAGAACCCCCAAUUCUGUUAUCAGCUUAUCUAGACAACACAUUGUAGCAGUUUGGACAAAUUGAAAACUUUAUGUGAGUUGAACUGAAGUUUCAGAGAAUAAUCAUUUACCAUGUGGGAGGCUUUUUUUUUUAAUUCAAAAGAAAUCGCAAAAUAUUGUAUUUAUAUCUGCCUUCCACUACUGUAUAGUAAGCAUUUCCUAUACAAUCAACAAUAAACAGUAAAUAAUGCAGUUCAUAGAGUAUUUUGCACUUGGGGAAAAAAAUGUAUCUGAAUUUGUAAAAAGAA